UCCCUUCCAUGUUACAAGCCUACCUAAAGGUUAGUGUCAAGCUCUAUCUUUACUAUGCACACAAAAUGCAUUUCAACCUUUUGAUCACCGUCGCUCUUUUUGCAACAGAAGCGAUUUCCCAAUACUCCAGCAAUGGAGAUUCCUGCAGCUGGCCUGAAACUAUACCUUCUUGCGACUUUGCCAACUCUGAAGGAGCCAAGAUAGGUGAUUUAGUAAAUGGCUGGCAGUUCAAAGCAUGGACUAUUGAAGAGGGACACGAGAACGAUUGUUUAACUCUGACCAACCCUGACGCCUGCUGUGAGGAGUAUGUCACUGGGUACUCAUCGAAGUUCAAGAGGCUCUGGUGCAAGAAAUUAGCCGGAGUUCCUAGAGAUGGGGCUUGUCCCCCCGAUGAUGAAGCACUUGCAAAGGUGUCGAAACCCCUUGGGGAAAAAUUUAAGGAGAUCUGCGAUCAAGGAAUCAAACCCGGUGGCCAGGUGGACGUGGAUUGGUUCAACCGCCAUAUUAUCCCUUAUUAUAUGUCCAAGAAAUGGCUUACGAAAGAUCCGCCAAAAGGAUGGGAAAAAGAGAAGGAUAAAAUCCUCGCGAAAUGUCAUAAAAAUUCAUACAAUUACUGCAACGCAGGGGAUCGGAAAAAGUGUGGAGAUUGCGUCAAGGGGAUGGCUGGAAGCUUGAUGUUGAAAUAUGGUGCGACUGCAAUGGCAUACUGUCCUAUUUUGGAUAAGAAGAUCGAAAAUUGGGAGAAGGACGACAAGCCACAGGCGAUGAAGUUCUUCACGGCAUAUUGCAAAACGAAAGGAAAAAAGUGUUGAAUUGUCAAAUACCCGUCCCUAAUAAGCCGGCUUUUGGUCUUUUCGGAUUCUUCUCAGUAUUUUCAGAUGUCUGUUUUCAUAGAUAUUGUCUCCCCCUUCUCAGUUUGUUAGCUAGACGACAGAAAAAGGAAAAAAAAA